UUAAUGAUUAAAGACAAUUGCCCGUCAUAGCGUUUUGGAGGAAGGAAAUAUAGAGAAAAAUGUAAGAAUUGUUUAAAAACAUGUACAACCAUCCCUGAUCAAAUUCUAUAGAAUUAUUAGCCACUUGCUACAAAAUAAUUCAAGACCAACCCAUUAUUUCCUCAACUCAAAAUUAAAUUACUUUUAUAGCAGAAUUUUUUAUCGUAUAAAAUUAUAGUGGAUAAAGCAUGUGCAUGUGCUAAAAACUUGCAUAUCCCUAAAUUAUUCGGAUUAUAGUUUAAACGCUACGUUCUAUCGAAAAAGAAAUUUAGAUGUUUCCAAACAUGUUGUGCAUGAUUUUAACGAAUAAUUAAUAAAAAAGAAUUACAAUUCGGGUACCUACUUUGAUUAAUUUGGGUUGAUUUUAAAUAAAUUGCCAAUAAAAGCCAAUUUGAAAAAUUCCGGGUAUUAUUGCAUAUAAUGUUAUCUUUUUCCCAUUACAGACGUCAUUGACAAAGGUAUUCAGGUAUCUUGGGCUAUUAAUAAAAUCCAUAAAUUUAAUUAGGUAUAAGAUUAUUGACGUUGCCUGGUACCUACUGUAGAAUUUAUUGGCGCCAAUAAACGGAUAAUUUACUGAAAGUGUCUAGUGCGGAUAACCCUAAGAAAAUAUAUAUCUGCUGCCAUUCAAAAACUUCCGAUAUCAGUUUACCCAACGAAAGAGAGCAAGAAAGAACGAGGUAUUAACUCGUAAGGGCUUUGAAAUGUGGACUCCGUAUUUGACGAUACAAGACGUGAACGGCCUAGAAAGUGACCGAUUCAUAAAAAUUUUUGGAAACGUAGUUGAACAUUGUUUGGCGGCCGGUAUUGGAAUUUUAAAAAACCGACCUUUUAACAGUGUAGAAGAUGUAGUUCACGCCGUAGUUACAUACUUGGAUAAUUUGAAAUUGACAGAAAAAGAGAAGAUUCUUCAACUUUACCCAGACAGCGUAAGCAAACUGGCAGGUUUUAGCAAUUCCAUGCUAGAAUUCAACACACAUCAAAAAAUAGUAAACAGUUCAAGAAGUUUACGGUUUGAAGAAAAGAAAAGGUUAAAACAGUUGAGCAAGGACUACCGAGAUUAUUUUGGUUUUCCAUUCAUAAUUUGCUCAAAAGAGGAUGAUAUAGACACUAUUUGUGCUACAAUGGAAUCGAGAUUAAAAAACUGCAAGGAGAAAGAAAUUGAGAUUGCCAUGAAUGAAGUGAAGAAGAUCUGUAAAUUAAGAAUACAUGAGAUAGUGCAAUAAU